UCUUUGUAGAUUCUGAGCCGUCUGAUGGAUGGAAGCAGAUUCCAGGAAUUCAAGGCUAAUUAUGGAACGACGUUAGUGACAGGAUUUGGCCAUGUGGAAGGGCACCUGGUGGGGGUGGUGGCCAGCAAUGGGGAGCUGACUCAGGAUGCUUCUCUCAAGGGCAGCCAUUUCGUGCAGCUGUGCGGUCAGCGGAGCAUCCCCAUCCUCUUCUUCCAAAACACUGCUCCACAUACAGCACAGCCAACAACCAUCUCACAGGCAGAAGCUCACUCCAACAGAUUAAAAGCCCAGGCCUCCAUGAUGGCUGCUGUUGCUUGUGCUGCUGUUCCCAAAAUCACCGUUGUGAUCGGUGGCUGCUACGGGAGUGAAAGUUACGCUAUGUGUGGGAGAUCAUUCAGUCCAAACUUCCUGUUCUUGUGGCCUAAUGCAAGAGUUGCUCUUGUGGAUUCAAGACAUUUCUCCACAGUCCCACGAGCUGGGGACAGUGACUGUACAGGAGAUGAAGCAGAGCUAAGACAUCUGAAAGAAAAGCUAGAGGAAGAAAGCAGCGCAUUUUACUCCUCUGCCAGACUCUGGGAUGAUGGUAUAAUUCUACCUCAAAAUACUAGAAAGGUAAUUGCACAGUGCUUAGAGAUUAUAGAACAGCAGAAGUACCAGCUCAUAUCUCCCUGUCGAUAUCCCGUCAUCAGAAUGUGACUGCAGCCGCUUUCAAAGAAUCAGCCCUUUAAAGUGAGCACCGUGUACUAGAAAUCUUUAAUGUCAAUGAUUUUCUAACUCUUUGAUACC